GCACGCAUAAUGACCUGGCCCGCCGAACUCACCGAGCGGGAGCAGAAGGCCGUAACUACCGUUAAGGUCUACCUGGUAAACACAACCCAAUUCCACGUAUACUUCAUGGAGACGCCUCCGAGAAGCUCCAGGCUGUCCAAGCGGCAGCUCGUGUCCGUGAUGCGAGCUCUGAGGUCGGCUACGUGCCAAAUCGGAACGAAGGUGGUGCUUCGGCAGAUCAAGGUCAAGUCCGAGAAGCUCCAGCGCUCCGUAACGCCCGACCUUCUCCGCAGAUGUGUCGCAAAGUGUCGGGGCUGGAUCCCCAAACUCUUGCUGAGCUGCUCGCAAAAGAAGCACGACGUGGGACUGAGGCAUCAGCUCUUCGGCUUCUUCGCCCUUUACCUUAUUUCUCUCUACGGCCAUCGAGCCGGCGUCAUCACCAAUCUUACCACCGAGGAGGUCCUGGAGGCCGCGAGGGGGUCCGUCUCUUCCUCUCCGGGGGUCGUACUCAAUGUAAAGAACCAUAAGACUGCCCGGGUGUUUGGAUGUGCUCAGGUCUUUCUCACCCACGAGGAACUGGGCUGGAUCCAGCGGUGGAUGGAGAUCCGGGCUCGGCUACGUCCGCAGUGCGAUCUGGUCUUCUUCAAUACCAACCAUCAGCACGUGAGCACCAUCACUGCGUUCGCCAGGAACGCCUGGGCAGCGAUGCUACUGCCAGGGAGACCCUCGCUUACCGACAUCAGGACCGCGGUCGCAACGAUGUGCAGGAACACCCACUCCAGUGAUGUCCGGACGCAGAUGUCCCGGGUGAUGUGUCACGACACCCGCACGGCCGAUCGAUUCUAUGCCAUGCAGCUGGAUGUCGGCCAGAUGGCGGAGAUGAGGCGCAGAUUUGCCCAGUGCAUGGGAGAAGAAGCUGCAGAAAAUUCACAAUAAACUUUGAAUAAUGCACCAGGAUGUGUCAUGUCUCUUCGUUGUGUGGUGGGACAGGGGGGUUUCCAGGUUCCAGUCCCGGCCAACGGGGCCCGCGGACCGGCCCGCACCACCUCUGGUAAUCUGAUCUGGGCUCCGAACCGAGCCGAGCCAGAGAGGCACCAGGCCCAUCCAGAAGGACCGAGGAGGAGACUCACCGGACCGGCCAGAGCCCACAGCGUUGCUGCCUCGGAGAUCCAGAGAACCAGAGAGAAGAUCCGG